CGUCACCACGCUGGGCCGAGGUGGCGCGGCCAGGUUCUUUAAAUAAGGGCUUCCCAGGGCGCGCGGCAGUGUGUGGAGUGGGGACGCGGCCGGGCCGGGGCCGGAGCGGCCGCGACCGCGAGGGGAUUCUGGAGAAAUCCUGCCUCUGCUGGAGCCUGCGCGACCAGGCAGCGGCACCGUGAGCUGGAGUGACGCAGAAGUCCAGGAACAUGAGCUCCGUAACGGCCCUGAGUGAACCGAGGCUGAAUUGGGAUGUCGCCUCAAAAAAUGGCCUUAAGACAUUUUUCUCUCGAGAAAAUUAUAAAGAUCAUUCCAUGGCUCCAAGUUUGAAAGAACUAUGUAAUUUAUCUAACAGACGUAUAGGAGAGAAUUUGAAUGCCUCAGCAAGUUCUGUAGAAAAUGAGCCGGCGGUUAGUUCAGCAACUCAAGCAAAGGAAAAUGUUAAAACCACAGUUGGAAUGGUUCUUCUUCCAAAACCAAGAGUUCCUUAUCCUCGUUUCUCUCGUUUCUCACAGAGAGAGCAGAGGAGUUACGUUGACUUGUUGGUUAAAUAUGCAAAAAUUUCUGCUAAUUCCAAAGCUGUUGGAAUAAAUAAAAAUGACUACUUGCAGUACUUGGAUAUGAAAAACCACGUAAAUGAAGAAGUUACUGAAUUCCUAAAGUUUUUACAGAAUUCUGCAAAGAAAUGUGCACAGGAUUAUAAUAUGCUUUCUGAUGAUGCACGUCUCUUCACAGAGCAAAUUUUAAAAGCUUGCAUUGACCAAGUGAAAAAGUAUCCAGAAUUCUAUACUCUUCAUGAAGUCACCAGUUUAAUGGGAUUCUUCCCAUUCAGAACAGAGAUGGGAUUAAAGUUAGAAAAAACUCUUCUUGCACUGGGUAGUGUGAAAUAUGUGAAAACAGUAUUUCCCUCAAUGCCCGCAAAAUUGCAGCUCUCAAAAGAUAACCUAUCUACCAAUGAAAUACCAGAACAAACAGCUGCAGCUAUGCAUUAUGACAUUAGUAAAGAUCCAAAUGCAGAGAAGCUUGUUUCAAGAUAUCACCCACAGAUAGUUCUAACUAGUCAAUCAUUAUUUGCCUUAUUAAAUAAUCAUGGACCGGACUACAAGGAACAGUGGGAAAUUCCAGUGUGUAUUCAACUAAUACCUGUUGCAGGUUCAAAACCAGUUAAAGUAAUUUAUGUUAAUUCACCACUUCCCCAAAAGAAAAUGACAAUGAGAGAGAGAAAUCAAAUCUUCCAUGAAGUUCCAUUAAAAUUUAUGAUGUCCAAAAAUACAUCUUUUCCAGUCUCUGCAGUAUUUAUGGACAAACCAGAAGAUUGUGUGCCUGAAAUGGAUAUGUCUCAUGAAGUUAAUGACUGCCGAAAAAUUGAAACCCUUGAAAAUUUGGAUCUGGAUUUUGAUGAUGAUGUCACAGAACUUGAAACUUUUGGAGUAACCACCACCAAACCAUCAAAGUCCCCAAGUCCAGCAAGCAAUUCCACAGUACCCAAAAUGCCAGUUGCUCCCAGAGCCCCCAGUGCAGCAUCUACACCUGUGGCACCAGCUGCACCAGUAGACAUUUCUGCUCAUGCUAGAAGUUUAUCUCAGAUUCUAAUGGAACAGUUGCAAAAGGAGAAACAGCUGGUGACUGGUAUGGACGGUGGCCCUGAAGAGUGUAAAAAUAAAGGUGAUCAGGGAGUUGUACCAUGUGCUGAGAAGGUAUCAGAUAAUUGUGACAUGCCUCUGGUGCAAGAUGGUGACUUGCAAACAUCUGAUGCAUUACAGUUAGGAAGUUCUGUGGAAAUGGAAACCUCUAAUACAAAUGACAUGGCUACUGAUACAGUGUGUGCUGAUGAAAGACUAAAUAUUCCAGAGAGUACUGACAAUUCAAAGGAAGAGACUGUUACAUCAGAAGCAGAGAAAACUGAGGAUGUAAUUCUUUGCCAUAGUGAUACAGAUGAAGAAUGUUUAAUCAUUGAUACAGAGGGUCAAAAGAAUAGUACCGGAAAGAUAGCUGAUGUGGGUUCUAACUUAAAUCCUAAACCAGCCAGCCCAAAUUCUUCCUCAGGACAGGCUUCUGUAGGAAACCAGACUAAUACUACUUGCAGUCCUGAAGAAUCCUGUGUUUUAAAAAAACCUAUCAAACGAGUAUAUAAAAAAUUUGACCCAGUUGGGGAAAUUUUAAAAAUGCAAGAUGAACUCUUAAAGCCAGUUUCCAGAAAAAUACCUGAAUUGCCUUUAAUGAAUACAGAAAAUUCUAAACAACCUCCUGUUUCCGAGCAACCCUCUGCUCCUUCAGAUGCCACUACUUGGCCAAAAACUGCAUGGACCUCUGCAUUUCAGAAGCCAAAAGGACGAUUGCCAUAUGAACUUCAGGACUAUGUUGAAGAUACAUCAGAAUAUGUAGUUCCUCAGGAAGGAAAUUUUGUUUACAAGUUAUUUAGCCUGCAAGACCUGCUGUUACUUGUACGAUGCAGUGUCCAGAGGAUAGAGACCAGACCACGUUAUAAAAAACGGAAGAAAAUCAGAAGACAAGUCCCAGUAUAUGUUCUUCCAAAAGUGGAGUAUCAAGCUUGUUAUGGAGCUGAAGCUCUGACUGAAAGCGAACUGUGUCGCCUAUGGACUGAAAGUUUAUUGCAUUCCAACAGCUCCUUUUAUGUUGGUCAUAUCGAUGCUUUUACUUCAAAGCUUUUCUUGCUAGAAGAAAUUACCUCAGAAGAAUUAAAAGAAAAAAUUUCAGCACUCAAGAUUUCAAGUUUAUUCAAUAUCCUCCAACACAUUCUAAAGAAAUUAAGUAGCUUGCAGGAGGGUUCCUACUUGUUGUCCCAUGCAGCAGAAGAUUCUUCACUCCUGAUCUACAAGACCUCUGAUGGAAAAGUUACUAGGACAGCAUACAAUUUGCAUAAAACACAUUGCAGCCUUCCUGCUGUACCUUCCAGUCUCUCAGUUCCCUGGGUUCCAUUAGACCCCAAUCUGUUGUUACCAUAUCAUAUACAUCAUGGAAGAAUACCUUGUACUUUUCCACCUAAGUCACUGGGCCCCACAACACAACAAAAGAUUAGUGGAACAAGAAUGCCUACACACAGCCGCAGGAAUCCAGUUUCCACGGAAACCAAAAGCCUGCCUGCUCAGCAAGUUGAAAAUGAAGGAGUGGCUCCAAAUAAAAGAAAAAUAACAUAAGGACUCUACCGUGGAAAAUGAAGAAGAAACAGUUAUAGCAGUUCAAUUCAGAAAAGUUUGAGAGGACACAUGCCUAAAAGAUCAGUAGACAAGAUGAACAUUUUUCCUGUAGUGUCCUUGAGAGUUCUUAGAGUGCCUUGAAAAAAUGUGUUGGCUGUGUGGGAAUGUUUUAACUAAAAUGGAAUGCUAUACUCUUAACUCUUGAUGUUUGAGGAGAACCUAGAUAUGUUUUAACAUUAUCAUGGCAGGGAAAUAUAUAGCAAAGAAAAUUAUUUUUGUAAUAAACCUUUUUCAAAAAUUAUAAAUAGGAAAAUAAUUUGCUUUUUUUUUCAAGAGCAAUACUUAUUGUGUGUUAUAUUAAUUGAGCUAUAUCACCAGCCUGCUGAGAGUGGCUCAAAAGGUUAAGUCUUGCCACUGUCAGAGGUAAUUUUGAGCAACAUGAAACCUUGUUUCUGACCAAUUGUGACAGUUUUUAUAUAUGAUUUUUAAAUGAUGAUUGUUGCAGGUUAAUAAAGUUAAUACCUUUAAAA